GUCAUCAACCGAAUGGUGCAAAUCAAUCCACAUCAACCAACACACACAGACAUGAAUUCACCAUCCACAACCCGACGCUGUUUCGUCACAAUAAUAAAUCCACUCCGUCGUAUCUGCAACCCAUCACCAAUAUAUGCAAAAUGAAGCUUCAUCUUCUCAAUCGAUGCGUAUUCUCCACUCCAAACGUUACAUCCAUCAUCAAAUCACAAGCAUCUUCGUUUUCCUCAUCUGCAUCCAAACACGAAGCUCCUGUUUCCUUGGUGCAGGGAGCUUCUAGAGGCCUAGGGCUUGAAUUCGUCAAGCAAUUGCUGGAGAGAAAUUCUCGAGAACAUGUAGUUGCUACAUGCCGGAAUCCGAAUGAUGCAGCAGGAUUAAUUGAGUUAAAAAACAGAUUUGCAGAGAGACUGCAUAUUCAAAGGUUGGAUCUUACAAUUGAAAGCACAAUAGAGGACUCUGCAAAGGCAAUACGUGAGCGGUAUGGCUACUUAAAUCUUCUUGUUAAUGCGUCUGGCAUUCUUUCUAUACCUGAUAUAUUACAACCAGAAACAACACUGACCAAAGUAGAGAGAUCGUCAUUGCUGCUUGCUUACGAUGUAAACGCAGUCGGUCCUAUUUUGGUGACCAAGCAUAUGUGGCCUUUGUUAAAGGUUGGAGGUGGCCCUGGAACCGAAAGAGAUGUUGCUGUUGUGGCUAACGUAAGUGCCAGGGUUGGCUCAAUUGGUGACAACCGUUUAGGUGGAUGGCAUUCAUAUCGAGCAUCCAAGACUGCGCUUAACCAGUUGACCAAGUGUGUUGCUGUAGAGUUAGCGCGAAAGAAGGAUCCGGUAAUAUGCAUUCUAUUGCACCCUGGAACGGUGGACACGGAUCUUUCUAGACCGUUUCAAAAGAAUGUUCCAAAAGACAAGCUGUUCACCAAAGAAUUCUCGGUGCAAAAGCUCUUGAGCAUUAUUGAGAGCAGCAAAAGGCAUGAUAAUGGCAAAUUCUUCGCUUGGGAUGGUCAAGAAAUUCCUUGGUGAUUGGGGGAGUAACGUAUGAAUAUGACAUGGCUCGUUUAGGUCCGGUUUCUCUGGACCGGGUGAGGCCAUGUCUAGAGUAUUACUCGGUUCGUGUGUGACACACUGAUAAGCAGGCGAGAGUGUUGUAGCGUUUUGUGUUUGUCAGAAUUUACAGAUACAUGUCAAAGUCAUGGAAUACAGAUCCUUCAUGUGGUUUAUAGUGGUGUAAUAGCCUGAGCUUCACUCUAUCAUUUAAACUUGAGUGUAUUUCAAGGAUUGUUCUUUAUUUUCAUACCCAUUUUCAGGCGCUGUCCUUUAUGUUUAAAAUUGACGAGUUUUGUUC